AAAUCACACUUACUGAGAAAUCUCGCAUGUUCCUUUCGCUUUAAGGUCGGCGGACGGAUUGUUGGAGAACAACAUUAGCGCGACAUCCCAGUGUUAUGUAUCAGGGCUAAAGAGUUUCACCAUACUUCUGCUCAUCUCUGUCCAUAACACACCGAAGGUACUAUGCUCAUUUGAGACUGUUUUAUGAACUGACAGACCUCGGAUCAAACAGAGAACAAUAUUACACAGAGAAGUGAAACUGAUCAACUCGACUGCAUCAUCGGGUUUCACAGAGUAGGAAGGUCUAAAUAAAGGAGCGGGAAUUAGAGGACACUUGUUUCAGUCACCCAAAGGAAAGCCAGUGCUGUGCCAUGAUCACCUCUGGGCCUGUUCUGAAGGACACUGCAGAUAAAAAUAACACACAAAUGAGAUCCAGCUGGAAAGCAACUGGAACUAGGUCACUCUAAGGCCUGAGCCAUGGAGAAUUAUUACCAGAUCUUGGGUGUGCCGAAAAAUGCAUCCCAGGAUGAUAUAAAGAAAGCGUACAGAAAACAAGCAUUAAAGUGGCAUCCAGACAAAAACCCAGGCAACAAAGAAGAUGCAGAGAAAACGUUCAAAGAGAUCUCAGAGGCAUAUGAAGUUCUGUCAGAUGAAGGGAAACGUAGGCGCUAUGAUAUGUAUGGAAAAGAAGGCGUAUCGGGUAGAGGAGGCCAUUAUGAUAAUGACGAUUUCAUGGGUGGAUUUACAUUCCGUAAUCCAGAGGAUGUCUUCAGGGAAUUCUUUGGAGGCAGAGAUCCAUUUGCAGAGUUCUUUGCUGAUGAUCCCUUUGAAGAUUUCUUUGGUGAUGGGUGGCGUCAUAGGGGUGUGAACAGGAGCAGGACGGCUGGUUCAUUCUUUUCUGGUUUCUCUCCAUUUGGUCCCACCUUUGCUGGGUUGGACUCAGGUUUCACCUCGUUUGACCCGAUGAGUGGGGGUGGUUUCACCUCAUUCUCAUCCCCUCAAUUUGGGGUUGGAGGAGGAAUGGGAAACUUCCGCUCUGUCUCCACAUCCACCAAAUUUGUCAACGGAAGGAGGAUUACAACAAAACGCAUUGUCGAGAAUGGUGAAGAGAGGGUGGAGGUAGAGGAAGAUGGCCAGCUCAAAUCUCUCACAGUCAAUGGUAAUGGGCAGUUUCUCCAAAUGGACAACAAGUGAUCUCUGAACUGUGCAGCUGAACAUUUUAAAUGUAUAACCCAAACAUUCCUAAACAUAACCAACCCUUCCAACCAGGCUGAUGGCUACUAGAGAGCCUGCUCCUCAUUAGUCACAUGUGACACAUCCAAGUGGUGUGCGCUUUUAAAUGGAGCCAUUAGCCUCCGCACAGUGAAAAGCAGAGAAAAACAGGGUGGACUUUCAUUCCAACUUAAACUUUUUUUUUUUCUUUUUUUUUUUUUUCUUGGGAACCAUUUAUUCCUCAUCAAAUCAGAAGGCCUCAGUUAGAACAAGUGUAAAUUCUUCUUCUUCUUCUUUUUAAUCAGCCAAUGGCCUUGAAACUGGAGCUUAACAGGUUGUAUCUGCUUUCUGCUGUAGAGCUGUUCUACUGUUCAAUUAAACUGUUUAAGUCUUAAACUCUCCACACUUAAUAUUUAAUAUAUUAUAACUAAUGUUAGUAAUUACCAUUUGUUCAUGAUAUUAGUUUAGUUCUAUUAGUUUUUUGUUUUGUUUUGUUUCUCAUUUUGGCUUCUCGCCUAACUGUUGCUUAACCUGAGACUGUACAAUAUAGAGAAUAUAUAAUGUGUGACUUUAUAUGCAGGGAUUUUGUGUUUUGGUAAGAAAAGUAAGAGAAGAUAGACAAAAUUUCAGGUUCAGUAAAUCUCACUUUUACCGUUUUGGAAUGUUGCACUUUUUUUCUUUUCUUUUUUUUUUUUCUUUUAGAAUUGCCUCUACAUUUACUUGGCUGCUGUACGUGCCUCACUUGUGUUUCAUCCCAGCUCUCAAAAAAAUAAAAAGAGUUUAACAUUG